AAUAUUGAAUAACGUGUACCAGUGUUCUAUCAACUUGGUUCGAUAACCUACACGUGUAGAAAGCCCCAGGAGAUUAAGUCAUGGAUUGCGCCAAGAGCGAGCCGCAAUAGGCCGCAAUACAACCCAUAGUCAUGGGGUCACAUAACAGAAGAUCUCUUCCGCGAUCCUUGUCUUUCUAAAGAUAUAUAAGGAGUCUUUUCUCGUCACUUUUUUGCCAGAAGUACUAAUCUAACAAGAUGCCCCGCGAGAUCCUCAUAGGAUUUGGUGUUGAUGUAGAUGCUGUGGCUGGAUGGAUAGGCUCGUACGGUGGCGAGGACUCGCCCUUGGACAUAUCUCGCGGCAUGUAUGCGGGCGAAGUUGGCGUUUGCUUGGAAACGUUCCCGAACGAGAUGGCAGCUGUCAGGGACGCAGGUCAUGAAAUCGGACUCCACGGUUAUUCGCAUGAGAAUCCAGAUUCAUUGACGCCAGAGCAACAACGUGACAUUCUUGAUUACACUUAUAAAUUGCUCACAGACUUCAACCAUGGUGUGCCUCCAAAGGGCAAUGUGGCACCGUGGUGGCAAACAAGCAAGGAAGGCGUUAACCUCCUUCUAGAGAAAGGGAUCGAGUACGAUCAUUCGAACAUGUCUCGCGACUCUCAGGCGCACUACCUUCGUGACCAAGAUACGUGGACCAAAAUCGACUACAAGUCGAAGGCGAACGCGUGGAUGAAGCCGCUUAAGAGGGGAAAAGAAACAGGUCUCGUUGAAAUACCUGCUAGCUGGUACCUCGAAGACAUGACACCAAUGAUGUUCAUGAAGGCUAGCAGCAAUUCUCAUGGAUGGGUCACCCCUCAAGCCAUCGAGCAGCUUUGGAAAGAUACCUUCACGUAUCUUUACAGGGAAGAACAAGAUUUCAUUUUCCCGCUAUCUAUCCAUCCGGAUGUCAGCGGACGUCCGCAGGUAUUACUCAUGCUAGAACGGUUCAUCGAAUGGAUCAAUGCUCAUGACAACGUGAAGUGGGUUACGUUCCAUGAAAUGGCAGAGAGGUUUAGAGCGAAGAAUGAUCCUCCUCCGGGUGCUGUGAUGCCAAAAGGAUAUGUGAAAUGUAAAGCACGGCUGUAGUAGAAUGGACUCUAAAGCGCCAGGUGGUCGAAAAUCACACAUAAAGUGAUACCUCUGAGCGCUUGUCGCUAGUGACUAGUUGAUGGAUGAUAAGCAACGGUUUAGCAAGUAGAGGUCGAUAGGAGGUUCGCCAAAAUGGGCUGAUAAUAUAUUGUCACAAGAGGCGUUCCGAACAUCCCGCUUUA